AUGCUCUACCGUUACAUCCUCGCCGGCUUCCUCGGCACUGCCGCCGCCGAAACCCUCUGGGAUGGCCGCUUCGACGCCGACACGGCCAGCGCGCUCAAGAGCUGGAGCUGGUCCAACCAGGCCGGCGCCUACCAGUACUACAUCCACGGCUCGGGCGAUGUGACCGACUACGUCAACGUGGCGGCCGACUUCAAGAACCCGGCCGACAGCGCGUCCAAGCAGGGCGCCAAGAUCAGCAUCGACAAGACGUCGCAGUGGAACGGCGGCGGAAUGCUGCGCACGGAGCUGAUUCCGCAGACGGACAAGGGCAUCAACAAGGGCACGCAGUACUACCACUUCUCGAUGAUGCACAAGGGUGAGAACGCGCCGAACAAGGCGCACGAGCACCAGGUGUGCUUCUUCGAGAGCCACUUCACCGAGAUGAAGUUUGGCGGCUCGUCGGGCAACAAGCUCGAGUGGUUCGCCAACAGCCAGUCACAGUGGAGCGUCGACUUCGCCGCGGGCGUGUGGCACAACAUUGCGUACGAGAUUGACUUUGACGGCGGCAAGGUGUCGUACUACCACUCGACGGGGGCCGAGGAGCUCAAGAAGGUGGCGGGCCCCGUGUCCGUGUCGGCCUCGUCCAACGGCGCCGACUGGCACUUGGGUGUCCUCCGCCUCGACGGCAACGACGACGCCACGCUCGAGGACUGGUUCUUCUCGGGCGUGUACAUCGAGGACACGCUGACGACUGCGGUCGGCAGCGGCGCGGCGUCGGGCGCUGCUUCCAAGGCCGUCGACACGGCCGCUGCCGACACCGAGGAGGCCUCCUCGUCCGCUGCUGUCGCCACCACCGCUGCCCCCGUCACUUCGACCGCUGCUGCGGCCGCGACCCCCACCACCCUCGCCACUGUCGCCAAGUCCUCUGCUGCUGCUGUCGCGACCCCGACGGCCUCGGCUGCUGCUGCGUCUGACAGCUCGGACAACGACGCCGAGACGCGCAAGAACUUGCAGAAGCUGUACGACAUUGCCGUGGAGUGGCUGAAGUCGAUGAACUAG